GCCGUUUCCAUGGAGAGAGGAUUCCUUUUCCGGUUCGGAGGCGGAUGUUUAUGAGCAGGUUUGACAGGCGGGAACCUCCGGGAGCGGCCGACUGUUUUCCUUUUAGGCUCUUCAGGCAAGCAGCUGAGUUUGGGGGCCAUUGCCAUGGACCCGCUCUCGGAGUUGCAAGAUGACCUGAACCUGGAGGACACCAACCAGUCCCUGAGCCAGCUCAAAUUGGCUUCCUUAGAUGAUAAGAACUGGCCAGCAGAUGAAGUGCCUGUUUUUCCCAAGUCAGAGGACACUAACCGCUCCCCUGAGCCCGUCACUCACCUGCGCUGGGAUGAUCCAUACUACGAUAUUGCUAGGCACCAGAUUGUGGAAGUAGCAGGUGAUGACAAGUAUGGACGGAAAGUCAUUUUGUUCAGUGCCUGCCGGAUGCCGCCCAGCCAUCAACUUGACCAUGUGAAACUGCUGCAGUAUCUUAAGUUCACGCUGGACCAGUAUGUGGAGAGUGACUACACAUUGGUGUAUCUGCACCAUGGCCUCACCAGUGAGAACAAGCCAUCCCUGAGCUGGCUGCGGGAUGCCUACCGGGAAUUUGACCGCAAGUACAAGAAGAACAUCAAAGCGCUGUACAUCGUGCACCCAACAAUGUUCAUCAAGACUCUGCUGAUUCUCUUCAAGCCUCUGAUCAGUUUCAAGUUUGGACGGAAGAUUUUUUAUGCAAACUUCCUGAGUGAGCUGGAGGAGCAUGUGAAGCUGGAGCAGCUGGGGAUCCCAAGCCAGGUGCUAAAAUAUGAUGAGUACCUGAAAUCACUGCAGAAACCCUCUCAAGUGCCCCAGAAGCCGACCCCCCCACGCCCACCCCUGCCAAACCAGCAGUUUGGGGUCUCUCUGCAGCACCUAAGGGAGAAGAGCCCUGAUCAGGCCUCCAUCCCGCUGGUGGUCAGGGAAACCAUUGCCUAUCUGCGGGAGCAUGCUCUGACCAAAGAGGGGAUUUUCCGGAGAUCAGCUUCCACACAGAUUGUCAAAGAGGUCCAACAAAAAUACAACAUGGGGAUACAGGUGGAUUUCCAGCAAUACGAGGACAUUCACCUCGCUGCCGUGAUCCUCAAGACAUUCCUGCGGGAGCUGCCAGAGCCCCUGCUCACCUUUAGCCUCUACAACCACGUUGUCAACUUCCAGAAUGUGGAGGAGUCAAAUCGCGUGGAUGUUGUUCGCAAAACCCUCCAGACCCUGCCCGAGGAAAACUACCAAGUGCUCUGUUUCCUGAUGGCCUUCCUGGCAGAGGUCUCCGCUCACAGUGACGUAAACAAGAUGACAAACACCAACCUGGCCGUGGUUUUCGGCCCAAACCUGCUGUGGGAUAAGGAUGUAGCCAUCACCCUCAAGGCCAUCAACCCCAUCAACACCUUUACCAAGUUCCUGCUGGACUACCAGGGGGAGGUGUUCCAGGACAUGGAGGCCUGAGCCGGGGCCGUCCACACUAGCACACUGUGCCCACCUUCCCUCUCCCUCUUCCUGUCUUGUUGGAGCCAUGGCCAGGAGCCUCCAGCACAGAGGGUCCAUUGGAGCUGCUGAGCUGAGUGAGGGCUGUGGGAGUGAGUGAGCAGGCAACCAUUUGCCAGAGGUGGGGGAGGGGAGCUGGUCUCCCCAUUCCUGGGAGUGGAGUCUUGUCCCCAUGGCCAUUCUGUGCAGCUCAUCCCUGGCCAUGCUGCUCUACUGGGGGCCAUUCCCUCCUUCCUUCCCCUCACAGGUUUCUUUCUGCCCUCCUCUCCUCCCCUCAGCAGCCCCUCUUCUGUGCAACUCCCCAAGAUCCCAGCUCAUUCCUCCUGCCUGCAUCACCUGGGCAAGACUUGGCUCGAGUUGUGUGGCAGGAGGCUCCCUGUGCCAGCCCCUUCUCUCAGGAGCUGAGUGCAGUGUCCUGGCUCCCUGCCCCCACCCAGAGCACAUCAGGUAAGCCUUGUGCAUCAGGUGUUGUGAGGACAGCACCAGCUGCUCCUGGGCUAACACCAACCCUGCCCUUGGCUCGCAGCAGGUGUGUGAAGGAGAAACUAACUCUCCGGGGGCUGGGCCAUUGGGCCCUGCCAGAGACUCUGUGACUGAGGGGAGUUGGCUUAGCCCCUCCCCUUGCUGACACUACUACCCCGGAGAGCUAGUAAUGCCUCUCCAAGGGGCGCUAGCACCCACUGCAGGUGCUGUUCACCUUCAAUAACAGGGCUGUGGUGGGCAUGGGGUGUAUGGCGUGUGGUAGCCCAUGACUACUCAGAUCUGGCUCUGAUGGUCCCCUUGACUUUGUCCCCGGCUCCUGGUGGGAGGGUUUCACUCCAGACACGGCCUCAGUGGGCAUGCGCUGCCUGGGGAUGCGGGGUCCCCUUUGUAAUGCUCUGUGAUCAGUGAGCUUGUUGGAAUCAUGCCAGGGGCAAGUGCCCUGGUGGCACUUGACUCCCCACUGCCAAACCCCACAAUUGACACUUCCCUUCCUCAUGGCUGCAGCACAGGCACACUCCUGGGUCCCCUGUUGGUCUGCUGGCCAGCCCCUGACCCCGGCUGGUGAGUGGAAUUUUUUCCAGCAAAAAUGUAAGUCAGAAUGUAGCCUGAAGGGAAGGGCCUGUGCACUGAGGCCAAACGUUAGCCAGUGUGCGAGGCCUGGAUCACAGGAACCUGCCCAGGUGCUGAGCUCUCAUGUGCCAAAGCCGCUAGGGCAGAACUGUGCCAUGCAGCAUUCCCCUAGCCUUUCAGGGGAGCUGCUUUGAUGCACCCCUUAUGUGCUAGGCGGCUAGGGAGGGAGCUGGCUCUUUACAGGCCAGGCUCAGGAACAAAGCAGGCCAGAUCCCCUCCUGAGGCAAUUGCACUGCAGUCACUGCCUCAGGGUUGAUUUUAGUGCGGGGGGAUCCCCUCUGCCUCUGCCACAUGCUAAAGUAACAGGGAGCUAGCGUUUCCUGGCCUUGGCCUGUGAGAGAGGAGCUUCCACGCUUGAGUGAGACUCUCCGUUUCUAGCCUCACUCCCCAAGACCCAUAAUUCUCGUGCACUGCUCCCCCAGGCCAGUCCUGGUCCCAGCUGCACCACAGCAGUGGGAAAACAUUGGGACCAAGCAGAGCUUGUUUUAUAAAGUGGCAGUUGAUCUGCUUUUAAUAGGAUUUUAACCUGCCCUAGAAACCGACCAAAGGCUGAUACCCUGAUUUAAAAAUAUGUCAAACUGCUGAUGAGCAUCAACAGCAGGAAGGGGGUCUCCUUUGCGAGGCCCAGGAGCAGGGACCUAGAACUGUCAGGCCUGCAGUGCAGCCCAGGCCCAGUUCGGCAGCUCUAGCUAUUGCCGAUUGAUUGACUGCUCUUGGGAUGACCCACAAAAGGGUGAGAUGGGCAAGUGGAGGAGCAGAGAAUUCUGAGGAGGGCUGGAGAACAGGCUGUGCACAGCUUGGAGCCACCCAUCCCACCCCGGCUACUGAGUGAAUCUCUCUCUGGGAGGCUGCAGGGCCCAUGGUGGGGAGGGACCAGGCCUGGAGCUGGACGUGCCGCUGUGUGAGUUGAAUUUCUGGGACGUGAAUGCCCUUUGCUGUGUAUAAGUCCAUAGUGAUGGUUUGGGUGGGUCACAGAGGGCUUCUAGUUCACCUUGACUUCUGCUAGAUCCAGCAUGGAGGAUAGAUCUGCCAUGGAGGUUCUUGGGAAAGCUGGAGGGACUCAGUGCUCCUAUUGAGGUCAGGGGUGGGGCAGUGUAGGAAGAGCCCUACACUUGCCCCAUGUUAGGCCAUGCUUAGUAGGACACUCUGGAAAGGGGUGUUGUCUGCGUGAUCCCAUAUCACAGCUUCUGUCUCCCCACUCUAAAGGGAGCAUCCCCUCCUGCAUGUAUUUCAGAGUGAAGCUAAGCUGGGUUUGCUGACGUUAUCUGGGCCACAGCUAAAUGUUUCUUGGCUUCGCUGUCCCCAGAGGAAAGGAAAAGCCUGCUGGCCUCCUUGGGAACAGCUAGAAUCUUAAGGCCAGUAGCCCAGAACAGAAAUUCCUCAUGGGCUGGGGCACAAGGACCUGGCUGCAGGCUCAGCUGCUGCUGCCUGCAGUGAGUUCCAGCUGGGAGCACUGAAUCCUGAUCUGCUCAGUGUUGAAAAAAGCGGGGCUGGGCAGCCCAGGGGCAGGGGCAGGCUGAGGUUGCACUUGGGGAAGGUAUUUCCUUAGCCUCCCAGAGACACUUUAACAAAAAACAUUCUAUGUAGUUAAAACUCCUGAGUUUAUGGGCUUUCCUACUGAGUGUCACGGGAUAACCUGCUGCAAAUCUCUGUGCUAGGGGAUAACCCUGCUCCUGGGGCAGAGCCCUGCAUAGGCAAGGGAGUCGACUUGGAGAAAAGGCAGGCUCUUGGUACUGCAGAUGGUGGGAAUGGGCUUGCAAGGUCUUGGGAGCACUCCAGUGUAAAUAUUCCCAUUCCUUUACCCACCCCUUACCUGGUCCCUCAGCGCUGCCAAGAGGCCUGGAACAGGCACAGCAGUGCUGGCUACUUUGUUUCUGCAAUUUAUGCUUUGGGAUGCCUUUUAUGAAGAUACUACUCUUGUGGCUUGUGUGUGAAGCUGUGGCCUGGGCCUGACUGCAGCCCUUGGCUCCCCACGCCAGGUGGCAGGUGGGCAACCGAGUCCACGUCUCUGCCAACUCAGGACUGAAUUGCCUUCCUAGUCUAUCUGCCUCCUUGGGUGUACGGCCUGAGGCAGAGCAGGGAGGGAGGCAGCAUGCAGGUAGCUGGAGUGACUAGAGGACCAGCCUCGGCCCAAGAGACUAGGCUCUAGUCCUUGCUGCCUGUAAGAGGUGGUUGGUGGCAGGUUAGGGACCCAUGGUUACUCUGUGUAUUUGUCUCCCAUAAUGUGUCUUCUUCCUGGGUACAGCCACCCAAGAGCCCCUUCCCCAGCGUGGCUUCCAUAUUAAAUAUUGGCCACAGUGGCCCUUUGAGGGUGACAUGUUUUGUCUCCUCUUUGUGCCCUGCUCUGCAGCACCCAAUUUCCCUCCUCCCCUCAUUCCAGUGGUGUCUGAGCAGCCUGGCUGCACUCCACAACUGGCCCCAGCUGUCAGCCCUCUGUCCGUCUCUUCUGGAACCAGAGCCUUUGGGUGAUGCAGAUGAGGGCAAGGUCAAUUUGAUGCCUUAUGGUAACCCCUCUGCUGACUCAGCAGAGACCUCUGAGGGCCAGACUAGCCCCUGGUUGCUCUUUCAAGCAGUGGUGCUCUAGAGCAAUUUACAGCUUUGCUUUUUGUUGCUGGUGUUUCCUGCCUUCUCUCCAGUUGAUGAUCAGCAGGCACAGGGCUGGGGUUUUUACUGUGACAUUAAUUCACAUCCAUGUUUAUUUCCUUCUACACUGCACCAAUCUUGUAUUUCACAGUUUGCACUUUUUGUAUUUCAAUAAAAACCAAAACUCA